CCUUUCGAAAAUCGUUUCAUCCGCAUCAUGAUAUCCAAGCAAAAAAUUAUAUAUUUUCUUCUUUUCUACCUAGUCAAAACUAUAGACGUGACAUUUGCUCAAGAUAUUUUAGGUUGCGGUGGUUUUGUAAAAUCUGAAGUGAAAAUAAAAUUUAACUUAAUAAAUGUGAAGCUUUACACAAAAAGCGGUGGCUUAAAGUACUCCUCAGAUUUAGCCCCAAAUGGAUACUAUACAAUUCCAGUUUAUGAUAAGGGCGAAUAUCUCCUAAAGGUUGAAUCCCCUCCCGGAUGGACUUUUGAACCAAGCACUGUCGAUCUUAAUAUCGAUGGUAAGUCUGAUCCUUGUAGUAUCCAGAAAGACAUUAAUUUCAACUUUGUUGGCUUUGGUGUAAUUGGACAAGUUAUAAGUCAAGGUCAAAAUGAAGGACCAGAGGGAGUAACAAUCCAACUCAAAAGAGAUAAUAAAAUCUUACAGUCUACAAAAUCAGCUGUUAAUGGGAAAUUUACUUUUGCAAAUGUUCUUCCUGGGAGUUAUGAUAUCGAAGCUGUUCACGAUCGAUGGACCUUCGAAAAUUCCAAAACCAAAGUGACAGUAACUACUCAAACUGGUGAUGCUGGUCAAAAGUUAAUAGUUCAUGGAUAUGAUGUUACAGGAAGAGUAAUAAGUGACGGUGAACCUGUUAGAGAUGUUUUUUUUUUACUUUAUUCUGAAGAUGGUAAUAAGUUAGUAAAGCAUUGCGAUCACGCCAAUUUAGAAAGAUUCGAGAAGAAACCCAUUUGCUAUGUAAUAUCCGAAUCCAAUGGUUCUUUUAAGUUCCCUGCUCUACCCUGUGGGAAAUACAACUUGGUUCCUUUUUAUAAAGGUGAUUUAACAACCUACGAAGUUCAACCAGCCAAAUACGCUUUUGAAGUGAAGCAUAAAACCGUUAAAAUUGAUUCGCCAUUUUCGGUAGCAGGCUUUCUAAUUAAAGGAAAAGUACUUGCUGGUAACAAGGGUGUAGCUGCCGCUAGAGUAAUUUUAGAUGGUAAGGAGGAGACUUUGACGAGAAAUGACGGUACCUUUUCAAUUGAUGGAAUAAGACGAGGUGUCCACGUUAUAACUGUUAUGGCUAACGGAAUGCAUUUUGACAAAACCACAGUCAAUGUAUCUCCCACUAAGCCUGAAUUACCAUCGAUAGUAGCCUCCAAAUUGGAUGUUUGUGGAGAUGUGGAAAGCUCAUCUCAGCGUGAAGUCUAUGUUGUAGAUAAGGGAAAUAAACCUGUCACUUCAGCAAGAGUAACUGGAGCAUUUUGUAUACCAUUAGCUCCAGGUGAAUAUUUCAUACAGAUUCGACAGGGAGCAGAUUUACCUCAGUUGACGCCAGCUAAAUAUCCAAUUAAAGUUGUUGACAAGCCAAUGUCAAAUAUAAGAUUCACAAUGUUCUUAGCAACAGUUAAAGGAAAUGUGAAAUGCUUAGACAAGUGUGAAAAUGUUCAAGUCGUAUUGAUUGGCGAAGAAAGGCGUUUGGGGACAGUUAAAGGAAACUCUUUCGAACUUUUGGAAGUUAUACCCGGUGAUUACAAAAUUGAGAUUGUUCAAGACAAAUUCUGUUGGAAGCAGGAUUCUGUCAAAGUAAAAAUAAUUAAUGAGAACAUUGAUAAUGUGCUGUUUGAACAAACUGGCUAUCGAUUGACAAUUACUACAUCGCAUGACACUAAAGUACAUAUUACUCAAAACGAUGCCUUGGUAAAGGAGGUACAACUAAGAACAGGUUCAAAUUUUGAAUGUGUUCCCAAAAAGGGACAAUACGUCCUUAGACCUAAGAGUUGUCAUCAAUUUGAACAAGCCCAGUAUAGUUGGGAUACCUCUUCCGGUCAUGGCAUAGCUUUUAAUGCUGUAGCUCAUCUCUUCCAAGGAGAAAUUCGCUCACAAAGUAAGGUUUCUGAUAUGGAAAUUGUUAUUGAAGGCGGUGGGGAGGGAGUUAAGAUCGGACCAAUUGUACCUAAAUUAGAAGCUAAAACAUACAUCUAUUCGUUUGAGAGUUGGGUUAGAAAAGGUGAAGAAUUAACAAUAACACCAUCGUCCGCAACACUCUUAUUCAAUCCAAGAGAAGCUAAACAUACAGUACAAGGAAACUCUGAAUGUUAUGGAGUAAUCACCAAGUUUGAUGGACAAAUGGGAGUUUUUAAGAAGGGAUUCGUUAAACCAAGCAUAGAAGGUGUCAAUAUAACCGUAACAUCAACGGACGGAUCCGUUACAAGUUGGCAAGUAACAGAUACUAAAGGAUUUUUCUCUUUUGGACCUCUUCAAGCAGAAAAGGAGUAUGAAAUUUUUGCGGAAAAAGAGGGUUACGUUCUUUCAAAGGAUGGAGAUAAUUUUAAAGCAUUCAAGUUAGCUGAAGUAGUUAUUACAGUUAAAGGAGAAAAUCAAGAACCUUUGGAUGGCGUUCUGGUUUCGUUAAGUGGCGAUAACGGAUAUAGAAACAAUAAAGCAACAGGUACUAACGGCGUAAUGAACUUUGUUGGACUUGGACCAGGCCAAUACUAUCUCAGAACAAUGAAGAAAGAAUAUGAAUUUGAUCCCGCCUCUAGAAUGAUCCAAGUCAAGGAAGGAGAGAGCGUAAAUGCAGAUAUUAAGGGAAACCGAGUUGCUUUUAGUGUAUUUGGAAAAAUCACCUCAUUAAAUUUGACACCCGAACCAAGAGUAACAAUUGAAGCUGUACCUACUACUGAAAUAUGUACACAGGAAGAAGCUCAAACUGAUGAAGAAGGAAAAUAUCGAAUUAGAGGUCUCCAUCCUAAUUGUCUUUAUAGUAUUCAAAUCAAGAAGUCGUCUAAUCAUCACAUUGAACGUACAUCUCCUACAUCUUUACCUGUCCAAGUGAAAGACGCUGAUCUAUAUUCAAUUGAUCUGAUUGCAUUUAGAAGACUAAAUCAAAUGGAUAUUUCCGGAAGAGUUGAUGCCAAACAAAAGUAUUGGUCAACAUUAAGCGUUCACUUAUUACGUGAUGGGGAACUAAUUACUUCAAUUACUCCUAUAACGCCAUUCUUUUAUACAUCCGUGCCAAGAGACGAUUCUACAGAAUAUGUUCUGAAGGUCGUUUCAUCUCUACCCAAAUCUCAAUAUAACUCUAAUCCCCAGCAAUUGUCAUUUAUCGCAAAUUCAUCCUACAAGCACUUUGUUCUCGCAUUCCAUUCUGAAAUGAAGAGAGGAGGAGAUCACGAGCUAACAUCAACUUCCCUACUUCCUUUAGCUAUACUGAUAAUAGGAGUACUUUUCUAUUUCUAUCCUCAGUUGAUGCAACCGGCUGAAAUGAAGAAAAGCUUACAAGGUGUUUUAAAUAGGUUGUCCUCAAAGGAAGUUAGUCAAGAGAAUGUUACUGGUUCGGUUCGCCGUCGUAAUCGAGCUGCAGGAAUCAAUUAAUGCACUUUUGUAUAUACAUACAAUAUAUAGACGUUUACAAACAUAGAGAGUUAUAUAUAGUUUAUAUAUAUAUAUAUAUACAUUUAAUUGUAAUUAUGAAUUAAUACGUUUUAUUAAAUUUCUUUGUUUUUUCGAUUUCAU